AUGGACUUAGGGAAAGGUGUUGUGAAGCCACGGCUGACCCGAAGCAGAGAAUUAGAAAUGAAAGCUACCCUUCGAGAGCUAUUGAUCUACGUAAUUUUCCUUACAGAUCUAUGUAUAUUAACAUUUGGGAUGGUGAGCACAAAUAUGUAUUACCUAAACAAAGUCAUGUCAACUCUCUUUCUGGACACCUCUGUGUCAGAAACAGAUAAAACUAACUUCAAGUCCAUUGGAAGCGUUGCUGACUUUUGGAAGUAUAUACAAGGACCUCUUCUGGAUGGCCUUUAUUGGGACACGUCGUAUAUUCAACAUUCUAUAACUGUUGACAGAAAUACUAGUCAUAUCUACUACGAGAACUUAUUGUUAGGAGUAGCCCAAGUCAGGCAGUUAAAAAUCCGUAACGACACAUGUUCUAUCUAUCCCUCUUUCCGGGCAUUUAUAAAAGAGUGCUAUGGUCCAUAUCGAUAUGUUUCAGAGGAUAAAGAACCCUUUGGCCUUAAGAAUGACACUGAGUGGCGGUAUUCCACUUAUCAGUCACUGUGGUAUUCGGGUCUUAUCGGUCUAUAUAGUAGUGGAGGAUUUAAAUUCACCUUGCCCAGGUCAAAGAAUGCAAGUGUAGACAAGCUCACCUAUCUCAAGGAACAAGGUUGGCUUACCAGAGGGACGAGGGUUGUCUUCAUUGACUUUUCAAUGUAUAAUGCCAAUGUGAACCUCUUUUGCGUAGUCAGGCUGGUUCUAGAAUUUCCUGCAACAGGUGGAGUCCUCCCUUCUUGGCAGUUUUACUCAGUUAAGCUUCUCAGAUAUGUCACCUAUUAUGAUUAUUUCUUGGCCUCUUGCGAAAUCAUCUUCUGCCUCUUCAUCAUCACUUUCACCAUCCAAGAAUUUAUAAAAAUGAAAACACUAAAAAAAGAAUAUGUUAAAGAUGCCUGGAACUGGCUGGGUAUAUUAUUGCUCCUGUUAUCUAUUUUAGCUAUUGCCUUCAAUGUUUACCGCACUGUGGAAGUAGCCAGGCUGAUGGAAAAUCUGCUCUCCAAUUCAUUCUCCUAUCCAGACUUUUAUUUUCUUGCGUUCUGGCAGACACAUUACAAUAAUGUGAUUUCAGUGACUGUCUUCUUUGCAUGGAUAAAGAUAUUUAAAUACAUACGCCUUAACAAGACUUUGACUCAGCUGUCUUCCACUCUCUCCCGCUGUGCUAAAGACAUCAUAGGAUUUGGGAUCAUGUUCUUCAUCAUCUUCUUUGCAUAUGCCCAGUUGGGUUACCUGGUUUUUGGAUCACAAGUGGAUGAGUUUUCCACAUUCCAGAAUUGCAUUUUUACCCAGUUUCGCAUUGUGCUUGGAGAUUUCAACUUUGCCCGUAUAGAACAAGCAAACCGGAUCCUUGGACCCAUUUACUUCAUUACAUUUGUAUUCUUUGUGUUCUUUGUAUUGCUGAAUGUGUUCUUGGCGAUCAUUAAUGACACAUACUCUGAAGUGAAGGCUGAUUUUUCAGUUAUCCCUAGCAAAAAAUUUGAGAUCAGUGACCUCAUUAAACAGAGUUACAAUAACACUCUAGUGAAACUGAAACUAAAAAGUGCAUCGCAGACAGAAGAUUUGUACGCAGUAAGAACAGGACAGUCAGCCUCCAGAACAGACAUGGACUCAAAUAUUUCUAGCACCGUUAAUGUGGAGAGGGUAAAGGGCCAGGAGAGAAGACGGAGAGGUUAUCCUGCCUCAACUACAAGAUUACAUGAUUCUGUUUCUCCUGAAGAGUUUCAAAGAUAUAGAAAAGAAAUGGAGAAACAAUUGAAGGAUAUGACUUCUAAGCUUGACUUGGUUAUGAAAAAUCUGCCUGAAGGCUCAGGGUCAGGAGACAAGAAAUAG